AUGGACCUUCGAUCUGUCCUGAACACGUCGGAAGGUGGCGACCGCGCUCCUGUCAAAUCCGCACCGAAGCCGCAACCUCCGCCGCCUGUUCACCAGCAACAGCAACAGCAACAGCCUCACCCACAGCAGCAGCAGCAGCAGAUGCAACGACCGUCGCAGAGUCCAGCCCAAGCACCUGCUUCACACCCCUAUUAUCGCGAAUACAACCGCCAACCACCUCCUCAUCCCUCGCCGGGAAAGCCUAUGCCACAGGAAUACCUUCCACACGCUGCUCAUCCCCAUCAUCCUCAGUCGCGGCCACCGUCGCAUCAUCAGCCAUCUCCCCAUCAACCGCCGCCCGGUGCGUAUCCACCACAAUCUCCGUACCAGGCACCCGGACCAUAUCCAGGACGUCCUGUGCCGCCUCCACUACAACCAGGUAGUUCUUUCCACGAUGCGCGGUCCCCAAGCGGCCCAACUCCAGGUCAAUCCCCUUAUCGAGCUUCAACAACCCCUUCUGCUGCAACUGCUGCUGCUGGUUAUCCCUUCCCCCAUACCCAGUCCCCUGCAGAAGUAGCAAGUCCAGUCCAACGACACCAGCAUUCACCUGCUCAAUACACUCCUCGGGAAAGCUUCUCACAGGGCCCACAAGUCAUACCCCCUGGCCAUGUACACGGCUAUCCUGCAACUCAACAACAGCAACAUCAUCAAAACUCUAUUCCACAGACGCCUCCUGUCGCCACUGCAGUUAACCAGCAAUACAAUCAACGCCCUCCCUCUGCUUCACGUUCUACACAUUCUACUCCAACUCCAACAUCUGCUCAUACUCAACACCCUUACGGAUUCGUUCAAGCUAGUAGUCCUGUUGUCGCUUCACGCCCACCUCCUGGAGAAUACGGUCAUAGUCGCCAACCAUCCCAGCCCGCUACGCCUGUCGCUCCGCCUUUGUCCUCUGGGUCAAGGCAACCAUCCGUCCCUGGUGUGUUCGCACAGCCUUCGAGUCCAUAUCAACAAAGGCUUUCAUACACAGCAGCUGCUCCAGUAGCGCAAGCACAGACACAGGCACAAGCACAAGUAAAAAGUUCACCACCUCCGCCUCCGCCGCCCACCAAACGUAUAUCUAGCAGUUACGGCUCGCCGGCUCCAGACGCACAUCGACGAUCUCAAUCGCACAGUGAACGCGCUCCAAGUCCAUCCGUCAGUCCCAAGUCUCGAGUCCCUUCACUUCACAGCAAUCCCGAUCCGCUUGCAGCGCUGGCGGCAGCAGACGCCAAAAAUAAACAGUCGCAACCUCUUUCUCUUCCGCAACCGAUGGCUAUAGAUACAGAGCGCGCGGCAACCCCUGCCAAGCGCAAGCUCGAGGACCGCAUUUUCGAUAGCAGUCCCCAAGAGCCAGAGGAGAAGCGAAUAAAGUCUAGCGAGACCAACGGCCAGAUUCCUGUUAAGCGCGAAUCUGUGUCAGAACUACCUUUGAGUAGAAGGCGAAGACGCUAUUCGCAGCCCCCCAUAUGGGCGCAAGACUCCCGAAGAAUGGCCGGCAUGCCUUCGAACGCCAACUUUGUACUGCAAAAGAGGCUUCAUUCGCAUAUUAACGGAAAACAAGAACAGAAACCUCGUCCUAGUCGCCAUGCCUCGCCCGAGACGAACAGGACUGCGCCGCCACCCGAACCAGCACCGCAAGAGAUUCUCGGUCCAUGGGAACCUAGCAUUACCGGAGUUAAGCCUUUCGAGGAUAUUAGCAGAAAGGUAGCAGAUUUCCUGUUCCUCAACGUGCUUAAUGCGCCUGAUAUGAUGGAAAUUUCCAGCAAAAGUAUUCAGUUUGAAGUGGAAGCAAAACUCGGCACUUUGAUCGAUAAGGACACUCGUCAUCGGGUUAAUCAAAAUAUAGCCUCUGAGUGUAUUUUGAUGGAUAGUAGUCGCAUCGCCUUUGAAAGUAGUAUGACCGAGGCUGCCCACAAGAAGAAUAACGAUUUUCUCAACGAAAUAGUGAAAUCCACACAUCCUCGUGGACCGGGAGGGGCCAACCAUCGUGUCCCUGUUGUUUACAAACAUCGAAGAGAAAGAGACCGUUUCUUCGAUUUGCCUGCGGAACUACUACAGCAUAGAGUCCCUGGCUGUAUAAGGAACCGCCUAGCAAAGGGAAGACGGACCCGCGUACGGGUGACGCACGACCAGAAAACGCAGGAGGUCCUAGGCAAAAUUAUAAAAGCCCGCGUUGCCGAUCUCGACAUCCAUUUUCCUGAACUCCCUAUGGACUGCCGCAUCAGCAUCAACCUCGAGAUGGAUUGGGAUGGCUCAUUAGAGGAGCUGGAAGGAAUUCCGAACCCCGGAGAUAACCCUGAUCGGAAUAAGGACAGGCUUAGCUAUACGCAAGGGCCGUAUCAGAUUGACCUCACGCAGGUCAUCCAAUCUGGUCCAGGGGGUCGCCCAGAAAAGAAGCACGAGCUCGAAAUCGAGAUUGAUUCGAAAUUGCUGAUUGAUCAAGGGCGGAGGGCCGCUAAUGGUGCGGCGCACCGUUAUCCAGAGCUCGUGGAAGGUCUCGUUGACAAUAUACGAGUCCUCGCGCGCAAGGCACGGGAUUUCGAGCAGCAUUAA